UGUAAAUAUAUACGCAAAUGAGGCACGUUGUUUGUACAAGCGAACCGUUAAAUACUUGUAUUUACAUAUAGAACAAUUUGUAUGGGAGAAAGUCGGACAAAGAUAUCAAAGGUCAGGGCGCUAUCUUGCUGAAGGCCUGAUUUUGGUGGCACGUUUUGACUGUGGGAGGAAUACAUCCAUUUUGCAGUUAUUUCGCCAACACGAACUUUUGGAGUCAUGGAAGGCAAGGUUGCGCUGGUAACCGGGUCAACAUCCGGGUUCGGCUUAGGCAUAGCCAAUCAGCUUGCAGCGAAAGGAUGUUCGAUAAUUCUUACUGGACUAGGUAGUCAAGAGUUGAUAGACUCUAUUGUCAACGAUUUCAAAAGUAAGUACACAAGCAGAGUAGACUUUGUCCCAGUCGAUCUCAGGAUGGCCGAGUCGGUGCAGGGAUUCUUGUUCCUUUGUCUCAAGGCCGCUGUCAAGUCUAGAACUAUCUACAACGCGCCGGUAGAGGAGCUACCUCUUGACAAGUGGAAUGACGUCAUGGCGGUGUCUGUGACGUCACCCUUUCUCCUCAUCAAACACUUCCUCCCGGGAAUGAAGAAAAAAGGUUGGGGACGCAUCAUCAACAUGUCGUCACAGAUGGGGGUCAUCAGUCUGGCUGGUCGCUCGGCGUACUGCGCCUCGAGAUCGGGACUAAUCGGUCUUUCUCGGUGCGUAGCUCUGGAGGCAGCUCCUUAUGGAAUUACAUGCAACGCCAUCUGUCCUGGCUUUGCCAACGCGCCAAUGAGCCACGGGCUGAUAAGGGAUUACGCUAACAAGAAUAAUCUAACGUUUGACGAAGCAAUGCAAGUAUUUGUAGAGAAGAACAACCCAACCAAGAAACCGGUGGAAAUUAAUGAGAUAUGUGGUCUAGUGGAGUUCCUCUGCUCUUCUUCAGCUUGCAACAUGACCGGUGCACCCAUCCUCGUUGAUGCAGGGUUUACGUCACAGUGACAACGAUGACGCGAACCCUUGCCAGCGAGGAAUA